GCUGGCAGCAUGUGAGGAUGGAGCUACUUUGUGUUCGCCCGUAAAUUUCGAGCCGAUAUCUUAUAUACACAGGCUCUAGUAUAGUGGGAAAAAUAUGUAAAGUGUCUUAUGAAAAAGUUGUCUAGUACUGGAAAAAGGAAAUAUGAUUACGGAAAGCAAGUUGUGGAUUUAAACAUUGACCUGCAGGCCAGCCCAGUCAAACUCCGUCAAAACAACAGGAGUGCGCUGGAUUUCUGUGCCGUAAAUUUCUCUCCGGGAAAGGUGUCUGAUGUUCUACUGGAGCCGCAGCAGGGCCUUGUUUAGCCAAUGGUCGCACUCCCCUGGGUGACCCUCGAGGCUCUCGCGCUUCCCUGGGUGGUGCUGGUGGGCCUGUCACGCCCCUUCUGGGUGGCUGGCGCCCUUGCCACGCCCCCGGGCCACGCCCCCGGGCACCGGAGAAGGGAGAGCCCAUCGGAGUGUUCGCCGCCGGGCUUCGAGUGCUUGCCCGGCCGAAGCUGCUGCCGCUGCCACAGGAUGUCGCCGGCGACGCCACCGGAUAUGUCACUCUGACGUCAGCUAGACCUAGCCAGGCAGUGACACAUCUCAUGGCACUGCUUAGACAUUGGCACUAAGAAAGCAGUGUGUGUUUGUGUGUGUGACAGGACGUGUGUGUGAGUGUGCCGCGCCGCACGCACUCGUCACCUCCAACAUUGUGUUUAUUUUUGUUUUUGUUUUUUAUUUAGUGCGUGAACCAUGAAACAUGAGAACAGACACGGGUGGCAACAUGUCCGUUACUAAAGAUAUGUCAGAAGACUGAGAAAAGUACAUUAAACCAAGACAAAGUGAAGUCGUCAAGUCUUUAGUAACAAGAAAAGGAAAAUAAGAAAAAAGAGAUAUCUCACAAACACAAAAGAUAAUAUUCAACAAUAAUUAAACCAAAACCAGCUAGCCCAAAAGAGAACAAACGAACAUAAUCAGUUUGUAUGUGUUUGUCGAGGUGACGAAACAACAAACAGGCAACAACAACCAAAAAAAAAAAAAACUAUUAAGACUUCCCAAGUGACCAGCAUGCCCAACAUGAAUCUGAAGAAGCUUUGGCGUAAGAAAAGUGUGACAAUCACCGAGUAUGACCCAACAUACAAGGUCGUGUAUCUGGGCAACGUGCUCACGGGAUGGGCCAAGGGUGACGGGUGCGUGGACAAGCCGCUGUCUACACUCUGGAGGAACUAUUGCCAAAGCAGUCGCCAAGAUAUCGCUAUGAAGGUGACGAUCUGCGGCGCGGGCCUGCGAGCCGUGACCCGCGAGCACGGCCUCACCGAGUACUGGGCGCACCGCGUGACGUACUGCGCGGCGCACCCCGCGUACCCUCGGGUCUUCUGUUGGGUGUACCGUCACGAGGGCAGGCGGCUCAAGCAGGAGUUGCGCUGCCAUGCGGUGCUCUGCCCGAAGACGGAGAAAGCUGAGGCCAUGGCCGCCCAGCUGAGAGUGCGGCUGGCGUCGGCGCUGCAGGAGUUCCGCCGGGAGAAGGUGGUGCGCCAGAACGCCCGCCUGUCCCUCAUGCACGCCAUCUACGACUCGGCCGCCAUCCCGCGGCGCCGCCUGCUGCUCUCCACGGGCGCCGCCAAUUACCGGCCUCCGCUGGAGCGGUCAAAGAGCGCGCCCAAACUCGGCGCCAUCGAGGAGAGCAUCGAGGAGGAGGAGGAGGCGGAGGCGCUCGACAGCGACGUGGACGACAUCGACGAGCUGGACGAGGCCGCGUCGGUGCACCUGCAGCCGGAGGACGUGGGGCUGUCGAGCGCCGUGUCGGAGACCACGUCGGACAUCGUGGUGGAUUACGACUCGAGCAGCGAGGUGGCGAGCGCCGGCCAGGAGAGGCUGACGCUGGAGGAGGACUUCGACGAGGGCAGCGCCAACUUCUCGCACUUCUGCCAUUCGGACACGCCCCUCUACUGCCCCGUGCCUCCGCUCUCGCCGAUCGGCGACGCGAGUGAGGUCCACGAGCCAGGGGGUGGGGGAGGGGGGAGGGACGCAGGGACGAUGAUGGGGGGCCCAGGGGACGUCUCGGCGACUAGCGGGAAGGACCUCGGCCUGCUAGCGUCGCUCACGGGGGAGCUGAGUCUCGCUCCUCCCGCCGAAGAGUCGCUGACGUCGGACCAGCCCGAGUCCCUGGGUUCGCAUUGCGACUCGUGCAACUCCUCGUGCGGCGCCUGCAGCGACCCGUGCGACGUGGCGGCGGAGCAGGAGCACCUCCUGGGCGAGGGCAACCACAUCAUCUCGGACGGCCACAUCCUGAGAGAGGGCGAGAGCUCGGGGAAGAUGGCCCGCAUGGAAGGGGACAAUAUCAGUGAGGAGAGUGGCUACUCCGAGGACAAAGAUUCUUUGCAAAAUUUAGACGCGACCAAACUUUAGUGUACAUGAUCUGAUGUAAUUAUAUUCAUAAUUAUCCAUAUCACGAUCUGACGCAAGUGACACCGUUAGCACCGGCGCGACCCAGGCCUGACGCGGUAAAUUGUGUUUCUCUCGCCCAUCAUGUGUUGUGAUGCAUGUUAUAUCUCUCUCCCCCUCACCCCUCGCCUACAUAAGGAUGACAUUGUUACUGCGUGUAACUGCAACGUCCCAGCUGUUCCAAAGGAUCUGCCUUUUUUCCUGAGAUAUAAAAUGAAUUUUCUCCUUUUAGCCCCCUGUGAAACUUCCCUGAAUAAUAUGAAAACGAAAGUGGAAGCAAAAAUAUAUAUACAUAUGAAUCACCCCUGGAGCAAUAAUACUAAUAGUAUUGAUAAUUGUGUUAAAAAAGAGAGAGAUAUGUAUAGAAACACUGGCUUCUCUUCUGUUCUCCUGUUUCAUUUCGACUGUUAUAGUUCUUAGAAUAACUCGGCAGAUACUGUAGUUGAUCGGAGGGCAAUCACCAAGUGCCAUGUGUAGUUUCGUCUUCAUUUUUCAACCUAGUUGAUUCUAGUGAGAAAAAAAUGGUUUCCCAUUCAGAUAGGAACUGUAUAACGUUUGUUAUUUUUUUGUGAAGUCUAUUAGCGAAAGUGAAUUCUUAUAACAUUUGGAAAAAGGUUUUAAUAUCGUUGUAUGAUAUGGGCGUGAAAGCUUCUUUUCAGAACUGGAAUUUUUAAGAUUAGAUAAUCUUUGUACAGAAAAUACUAUACUUGUUAUAGUCAUUAUUUUAUUUUAUACAUUUUGAUACAACUAUCUGUAUUCAAGGUGCACAUAUUUAUGUAUAAAAUGUUGAUGAAGAUAGAAACAAUAUGUAUGAAAGCGAAAAUUUUUAUAUACAUAUGAAAUCUGAAACUGGAUACUUUCGUUGCUAACAUGAGAUUGUUUGGACUUUAUACAAAAAUGGAAGUAUGAUUCUCACUAAAUCACACAUAUGACCAUUAGAUAAACUGCAGUAUGUUUCAAAGGAGGUUAUACAAAUAGAUUUAAAUGUGUAUAUAAUUAUGAUGAUGACGGUGGAUACUUUGCAUAUUUUGUAUCAAAGACUUGUAUAAUAGAUCAUAUUGGAAUACUCUUUCACUAUUUAAACAUACACUAUUGUCUUUUUAUGUGUAUUUUUUCAUAAUUGUAUUAUUUUCAUAUUCAUCCCUAUCAGGAAAGGGAGAAAUAAUACUAUUUGAUUCAACACUGUAAGAUAGCAGAGCUGAUGGAUUCAGUGAAGAUAGAAGUAUUAAAGGAAGAAUAUUAUAUUCAAUUACAGUAAAACAAAAACUGCUGUAUUCAGUAUUUAAAACUCAAACAGUGAGAAAAAAGUGUUGUAUUCAACUCACUAAGAUAAAACAGUAAGAAAUGAGUACUGUAUUCAGUUCAAUGAGAUAAAACGGCAAGAAAAACAUACUGUAUUCAACUCACCAAGAUGAUACAAUUGCUGUAUUUCACCCCUGCACAUGAAACAAGGGCCUGGUGAAGCUGUAUGGUCUCCUGGUGUGCAUUCCACCUAAUGUAAAGUACUUUAUGUUUAACGUCAAUAAACAUUAUGGUUACUUCAAGGAGCCACUGGGAAAGCACCAUGCCUGGAUUGCAUUAUUAGAAUAGAACCAACAAUGAGCUUUAACGAGAGUAUUCGUAAAAUAAGGGAUUUUUUAUUGUCUUUUUUUUGAAGUAAGAAUAUUCUUCACUCACCACUUUAGUAGGACAGUGAACAAAAGGAAAUGUCUGAGCGAUAUAUACAAAUGAUCCAACUGACAUUUGAAUAGUUUUUGAUCAUGGUGUAGAAUGAACCUUCACACACCUGAUAGAUUUGACAGCGAAUGCACGAUCUAGCCGACAUUUGAACAGUUUUAAACAGUUAUUGAUAUAGAAUAAGUCAUCAGUCCUGUUAGACCGAACAGUGAACUAUCUAACUGAUAUCUUGAACAGUUUCGAUUAAGGCAUAUCAUAGUAUUACUGUGCAUUCCAGACUCGACCAUAUUUGCACCGUAAAUGUUCUACUGUUGCAUUUUUUAUACCUUUGGUAGUGUGUUGAAUACUGACAGUAGAGAAGUAGUGACGUUCAGGAUACCUUUGUAAGUAAUGCCGUUGUCGACAACCCUUUCGAAGUCUACGGACACAGUAGUUGCCACUUUGUAUUUUUUUUAGGGAAGCACACAGUUCAUUUACGAAAUCGAUCAGGCGUGGUAUAUUGUUUCGAACAGGUUUUCUCGAAAUCUGAAUAGGCAUAUUUUAUAUUAUACCCAAGACACAUACACGCGAGUGCGAGAGAGAUAGGAAGAAAGAGAGGGAUAGGGAGAGAGAGGAAGAGGGAGAGAUAGGGAAAGAGAGGAAGAGAGAGAGAGAGAGAGAGGAAGAGAGAGAGAGAGAGAUAGGGGGGGGGGAGAUAUGGAAAAAGAGAGAGAUAGGGAGAGAGAGGGAGAUAGGGAGAGAUAGGAAGAGAGAGAGUAAGGGAGAGAUAGGGAGAGAGAGAAAGAGAGAGAGAGAGAGAGUGGGGGUGAGAGUGCGAGUGAGUGUGUGCCUACCUACACAUACAUACCAACACCUUUACCCUUGCAUCAAUACACAAGCGCCCAUUCAUAAAUACGUACAUAUACAUCUAUUUUAUAAUAUAAAAUUAUAUCUAACUAUCAAGAUGUGAACAAAAAGAAAAAACAAGUGGUAUUCGGUAUUUCACAGAUGCAUCGAAACAAGGCAAACAUGUAACGGAAUCGCAUUGAGAAAUUUAGAGCUUGUUAAAAAUAUUGGCUGAAUAUAUUUCUUUUUUAUGAAUAAGAUGAUGAAUAUAUAGCGUCUUAAUAUUAUGUGAUGAUUGAACAAGAACCACAAUGGGGAAUAUGUGAAAGAACUACGGGGCGGUUAUAUGUUCAUCUGCAAUUGAGACAGCGAGAGGUGGUGCUUCUGCAGCGGUUGGGAAAGUUGCAAACACAACACCAGUUUUGUUUCAAUAUGACUUUAUAAUCGAAAGUGAGAGUGGCGAGAGAAGGAUGAAAAGAAGGAGAAAAAGAAAGAAAAAAUAUGAUAAAUAUUUUUAAAAAGAUAAAUAUGGUCAGGGGUUUUUCUCAGUGAUAUGUUCUUGCGAGAGUGCGACUGGACAAUGAUGGUUUUACAUGUGCUAAAACUUGAACUUUUUACCUAGUGUGAUGCAAGCUACAUUCCAUGUGUAUAUAUAGAGCUAUCAAAAUGUUUAUUGAAGGCAAUGUCAGGGAUGUAAAUAGGAGAUGUAAUUUUGUAUUAUAUGAGUAGACGUUAUGUGUAGAAGUAUCAAAUAAAUUACGAUUAUGUU